UUUCGCCUCUUCACGGGGAAGGUGGAGGUCGGCGGGGAGCGCGAGCGGGUAACGGCUGUAACGGAUCCGGGUCCUGUCAGCGGCACGGGAGGCACGGCCCGGUUCGGUUACGCCUUGGUUUUUAUGAAAUUUACUUGUGUCCACAGCCUCUCAAUAAAAUAGUCUGUGGUGCACUGUUCCCACUCACCUUUUUUACUCUGUUUCUGACUUUGAUACAACUUUGUGAUGUCUUCCCCUGAAAUUGCUUCCCUUUCUUGGGGUCACAUGAAGGUCAAAGGCUGCUCUACAACUUACAAGGACUGCAAAGUAUGGCCAGGAGGAAGCCGAACCUGGGAUUGGAGAGAAACUGGCACUAAUCAUUCUCCAGGAGUGCAACCAGCUGACCUUGAAGAAGUUGUCAAGAAGGGUGUUAAAACCAUGGUGAUUGGUCGUGGCAUGAGUGAGGCUUUGCAGGUUCCAGCAUCCACUGUGGACUAUCUGAAGAAAAACGGGAUCGAGGUGUUGGUCCUGCAGACAGAGAAGGCGGUGGCAGAGUACAACGCGCUGGCUGCUCAGGGUGUUAAAGUCGGGGGAGUCUUUCAUUCCACCUGCUGAAGCCUUUACAGAUCCCUUCGGUCCCGGCCAAGUCACCGACACCUCUGCUGGAUCAGGUUACACCCAACAGAGAGUGGGUUUACACCUCUCUGCUGGGUCAGGUUACACCCAACCCAGUGUGGAUUUACGUGCCAAAACACUUGUGCCCUGGCAAUCUAAAAUGCAAGGACAGUUUAUUAGCUGAGUGCUAAUUGAGUGCUCACAAAAAAGUGCUGUAAAUGGAAUAAUUUCACUACAGAACCAUUUCCAUACUUUCUGGAGACUGAGCUAAUUUUCCUCUGAAGACUGUCUGUGUUUUGGGUACUUUCCACCUCUUGGCUAAAUUAAAAUUCUAGGCUGGGAAAGUUUUUGUUAGGAAUGGGCCUGAAAUGACAUGAUUGGCCAUGGGAAUGCAGCCAUAAAAUAACCAAUGAGUGCAAUCAAGUGGUAGAUGUGAAGCAGUGGUAAAGAAGGACUUUACCACUACUGUAUAAAUCAGUUAAAAAUAAAAUAAAUUAAAAAGUGAA